GGACCCAGCCCGGCAUUGCCUGCUCCCCCGUCGGCCGCUGUCUCCUCCUCCUCUCUUCAACCUUGGUCUUCACCGCCUGCUUCCCCCCUCCCCGGACUUCCCCCUUUUCUGAGGCGGCCGCCGGUUUCCCCUUCGCCGCCGCCGCCGCGUCAGGUUCCGCCGCCGCUCGCCAUGACCUUGUUGACGGCCAGCAGCAGGGCGGCUGCGCGCCUCUUGGGUGCCAAGAAUUCAUCAUGUAUUGUUUUUGCUGCUAGACAUGCCAGCGCUUCCACGAAUCUGAAAGAUGUUCUUGCAAACAUGCUACCCAAGGAGCAAGCAAGAAUUAAAAGCUUCAGGCAACAAUAUGGCAGCACAGUCAUCGGUCAGAUCACUGUGGAUAUGAUCUAUGGUGGCAUGAGAGGUAUGAAAGGGCUAAUAUAUGAGACCUCCGUCUUGGACCCUGAUGAGGGCAUCCGUUUCCGUGGCUACAGCAUUCCUGAGUGCCAGAAGCUGCUGCCCAAAGCCCCUGGAGGUGCUGAGCCCCUCCCUGAAGGGCUAUUUUGGUUGCUGGUUACAGGAGCGAUCCCCACACAAGAGCAGGUCAACUGGCUGUCUCGAGAGUGGGCCAAGAGAGCAGCCCUGCCUUCCCACGUGGUGACCAUGCUUGACAACUUCCCCACCAACCUUCACCCCAUGUCUCAACUCAGUGCUGCUGUGACUGCACUCAACAGUGAGAGCACUUUUGCCCGCGCCUACUCUGAGGGAAUCAGCCGGACCAAGUACUGGGAGUUUAUCUAUGAGGACUCCAUGGACUUGAUCGCCAAGCUGCCUUGCAUCGCUGCAAAGAUCUACCGUAACUUGUACCGCGAGGGCAGCAGCAUCGGUGCCAUUGAUCCUGCCUUAGAUUGGUCACACAAUUUCACCAACAUGCUGGGCUAUACUGAUCCCCAGUUCAUUGAACUUAUGCGGCUCUACCUCACCAUUCACAGUGACCACGAGGGUGGCAAUGUCAGUGCCCACACCAGCCACCUGGUGGGCAGUGCCCUUUCAGAUCCUUACCUGGCUUUUGCUGCGGCCAUGAAUGGCCUGGCUGGGCCCCUCCAUGGUCUAGCGAAUCAGGAAGUGCUGGUCUGGCUGACGAACUUGCAGAAGGAAUUGGGUGAGAAUGUGUCUGAUGAGAAGUUGAGGGAGUAUAUCUGGAACACUCUGAAUUCUGGCAGGGUGGUUCCUGGCUAUGGCCAUGCAGUGCUGAGGAAGACAGACCCCCGCUACACCUGCCAGAGAGAAUUUGCCCUCAAGCACCUUCCCAAAGAUCCUCUCUUCAAGUUGGUGGCCCAGCUAUACAAGAUAGUUCCUAACGUGCUGCUAGAACAGGGCAAGGCCAAGAAUCCUUGGCCCAAUGUGGAUGCACAUAGUGGGGUCCUGCUACAGUACUAUGGCAUGAAGGAGAUGAACUACUACACAGUGCUUUUUGGGGUGUCUCGGGCCCUUGGUGUCCUGUCACAACUCAUCUGGAGCCGGGCACUUGGCUUCCCCUUGGAAAGGCCUAAAUCCAUGAGCACAGAUGGGCUGAUGGAGCUUGUGGGUGCCAAGUCUGGUUAAAGCCAAGGGACCAGGGCAAGGGUUAGCUACUGAAUGAUAGAGACAAUGCAACUUUGUGUUUGUUCAAAGGGCCUUGAGAAGAUCCUUCCUUAGAGGCGCUGACCAUCACAUUUUUUCAGGUUAUUUAUGGGAUAAAUUCAGAUAAAAACUAGAUACUUAUUUCCCCCCUUCCUGCCCAUGACCUUAAAUACCACCUCAUCUUAGGUUCCUAAAAGCAGGCCCCAGGCCAGCUCUGCCCAGCCUGACCUGUUGCCCUGGGCGCGAGAGAGUGCUGCUUCCCAGCUCAGACAUGCUUUCUUAUUUGCCCCCGUUGCAGACCAGGAGCAGAAGAUGCUUCCCCUUUUGUAAUCAUGCUGUAUCACAGGCUGCUUUCUGCCAAUUGUAUCGCCUUCCAGCUCCACGUGGAUGGGGUGUUGUGUGUUUGAACAAUGUCCUCCUUUUUGAGCUGGCUUCAAGAGCUGCUGUUGGGAGGUGGGGAGGGAAGAGUGACUCUUCCCCUCUAAAUUUUCAGACUUCUCUCUCCUUUGUCUAAUCUUCUGCUGUUACAGUGAAAUAGUGGGUGGAUGGCUCUCAAACAUAAAAGCAGGCACAGCUGCAGCUUGAGUUGUAUUCCGCCUUCAAGGAAAGGGUCGCUCACCUCUUUGCUGCCAAAAGGGGGCAAUACAGCUCUUCUCUCCCUGCCCCAGCCCAUUUGCCCUGACUUGCAUUGUGUGUACAAGCCCCUUCCUGGCAAGUGGCCCUCCAAAUACUGAACUCUGGGUAGAUGGCACUUUCAUCCCAAAGGCAGAGUGGUAGUGAGCUGCUUCUGCCAGGAACGAAUAUCUCCUGGUCCCCUCCUGUUUGGCUUGAGGAGAUGAAAACCACUGGCUUACUUUCUCCUCCUCUCCCUCCCCAUCUCAACAACAAAGUAAAAAGUUGGCUUGGGUGUCGGUGCUGUGGUCCUGAAAAAGUGGGGUGGCCCAUUUGUUUAAGAAGGCAUUGAUAACAUUUCCAAAAGGACAGUUGUGAUAAUGCUGCCAUCUGGCAUUAAACAGACUCUCUGCAAUUUUGAGAGCAGUAAUAGUGAAGAAUGGAAUCUGUCUCCUGGCCUCCUUUCCUCUCUAGAAGGGACUUCAUACACUCCUACCAAUGUUUGUUUUUUCUCUCUGUGUGUUUGUGUGAAACCCCUUGUCCUAUAGCCGCAGGAAAAAAAGGAAAGACCCCUCCCCCCAUCCUCAGUUGAAGGCACAGUGUAAGUGGCUGUGUAAGCAUCAGCAUUCUGUUUGCAAACUUCAGGUGGUUCUGUACAAACUGCAAAAUAAAUGUUUUUAUUAACAACUUA